CGCGGGGCGCUGCUGGGCCGGGGGCGGGGCGGCCGCGGCCGUUGUCGGGGCGGGAGGUUUGAACGGCGGCGCCGCCGAGGAGGAUGAGGAUGAUGAGGCGGCAGCAGCCCGGCGGGCCGGGCGCCGCGGGGCCGGAACGCGACAUCCAAGAGAAGAUCAGCUUUGAGGUCCGCAUGCGAGAAGGAAUCCGCAAGCUGCUGGCAGCGAGCACGCAGAAGGAGCAGCUCCUGCGCGCCGUGAAGAGCCUGAUGGUUUGCAACGCUCGCAUCCGGGCCUACAGGGCACAGCUGCAGGGCCGGAACGGGGAGCCCGGCCCGGGCAGCGCUGAGCGGCAGUCUUCAGAAAAUGGGACAAAAGAUCGGAUGGCAUGCAGAGCAAAGGUUGCUCUAUCAAAUAUUCGAAUACCAUUAAUGUGGAAAGGCUCUGACCACUUCAGCAAAAAAGAAAAAUCGCAGCGCUAUGCGGUGUUCUGUUUGUUCAGAAUGGGAGCUGAGGUUUUUGAUACUGAGGUGACUAUUGUGGAUGAAGCAGUAACAGAUAUCUGUUUUGAAAAUGUAACCAUAUUUGAUGAAGCAAGCCCAGAUUUCCAGGUGAAGGUUGAAGUGUAUAGCUGCUGUACAGAGGAGUCUUUAUAUAUAACAAACACUCCUAAGAAACUGGCAAAGAAACUUAAAACAUCCCUCAGCAAAGCUACAGGGAAGAAACUCAAAGCUGCGCUGGAAGAAGACAGCACUGAACCCCUUUUGCCUGCUGACCCAGUCAUCCAUGGAGCAAAGUACAGUUUGCUAGCAUACACCACUUUGGGGCUGGAAAGUGCUGAGGACAAUUUCAGGACCCACAACCUUACCAUUACAGGAAAUGAGGAAUCCUCUUUUUGGCUGCCCCUGUAUGGAAACAUGUGUUGCCGUUUAGUUGUCCAGCCCUCCUGCAUGGCCAGGGAUAUGAUGGCAGGAUUUCUAAAUCAGCAGCAAAUGGUAGGAGGUCUGACAAGCUGGAGGAGGCUGUAUUGUGUACUGAGAGGUGGCAAACUCCUUUGUUAUUACUCACCAGAAGAAAUUGAGGCUAAAGUGGAGCCAGCACUGACAGUUUCCAUCAACAAGGAAACGAGGAUUCGAGCUGUGGAUAAGGACUCCAAGAGAAGAACUAAUAAUUUCUGUGUUAUCAACCCCGUGUCUGGAGAGGGUGUGACGCAACGUUUUGCUACUGACAGUAGGGAUGAACUGCACCAGUGGAUGGAGGCUUUCUGGCAGCACUUUUAUGAUCUGAGCCAGUGGAAGCAUUGUUGUGAGGAACUUAUGAAAAUUGAGAUUAUGUCACCACGGAAACCACCUUUGUUCUUGACAAAGGAAGCGACCUCCGUCUACCAUGAUAUGAGCAUUGACUCUCCAGUGAAACCUGAGGGCUUAGCUGAUAUCAUACAUAGGAAAAUUGAAGAGAGCAAUGGUGAGUUCCUUCUUGGCCAGCAAAAAGGGUCUGCAUCUGCCCUAUGGGCAUCACUCUUUGAUGGAUCUCAUGAGAUGACUGUUCAGAAAAACAUGCAUCUGGACUCAAAAAGAGAUGCUACAAGUCCUACUGACAGCAGAGGAAAGAAAAGAAGAGCACCUCCUCCACCCUCUGAUAAGUCACCAUACAGUGCAGAAGCACGGGUGAACACAGAGCAGCUGGGCAAGGAAAACUGGAGGAAGCCUGACCACUCACCUGCCAGUAGCUCUUCCUUGGAGUCGGUGUUAGCUACGAAAAUGCAGCAGCUGCAAACCCCCAUUGCUCCUCCUCGCAAAAUUGGUCCUUGUGGGAAAAGUGGUGGCCUGGGGAAUCCUGUUUCUCUGCAUUGCCUUGGAUGCUGACUGUUAUGGGCCAUGUCCUCUUCAGAGUCUUUCUCAAGAAUGUGGUACAUCAUCCUCUUAUUAUCUUACCUUAUAUUUUAUUGCAAAUACAGAUUGUAUUUUACCAGCAUUAAAAUACUGCUCAUGAAGUGAUCCAGAUUGCUCUGUGUAAGUGACCUGUCCUCAUUCUUUACUACUCCAGCAGUCUGCAUGUCCUUUGCAAAUUUAUUGCAAGUGAUUUUUACAGUUUAUUCCAGAUCAUUGAUUUUUAAAAUUGAAUGCAAGGUAAGGUUUGUAGAGAGAGGUGAUAAGUUUUUAUUACAUCAGUGACAUGGGUAGGGGGUGGGGAAAAGCAAACAGGCAGGCCAUUGAAUUUCUGUCCCUUUUAUCCCAGAGCUUUUUAAACUUUCAGUAAGAUGACAAACAGCUGUAUUUCUUGCUGAAUCCCUAUUAAUACUAUAUCUUGAAAUUAUUAUUGUGAUAUUUUAAAGAAAAUUACAUGUUCAUCUUGUUUUCUGAAAGUUACUCAGGGUUCUUGUGGAUAACACCUCAGUGCAGGUGUCUUUGCAAGCCCAGCUUAAUAGAUCUAAGAGUAAAAUGCAACCUGUUGUUCAAGACCUUCAUGAAGCUGUGUUGAUAUUUUAUAUCUAUCCUUAAAUUAGACUCAUGUGGGCCAGUUCAUGAUAUUGGAGAGGCCACCACUAAGCAAACAAGGCCGUUCAUUAUUCUGUUCAUCUCCUUCAGAACUACAUAAUCCCUGCUAUGAAGAAAGAGUUGAUUCAGAUUUUAGUAUUUAUUGUUACUUUGCCUUUCUUCUCCCUCUCCUUCUGUAUUGUUAUCAGUGCCUUUGCAUCUUCUGUGAAGCUUGUUGGUUUGACCAGUAAAACCUGCAGGCUCCCAGGAAACGCAGAGCUCAGCUGUACAAUAAAGUCAGUGCCCCUGGAGGAACUGCUGCUCCCAGGAUCAGAGGAGAAUGUAUUGUUUCACCAUUUAGCAGCUGCGUUCAGUGAGGAUGCUUUAAUUGCAUGACUCAAAAUAUCAGGGAUCAAAACCCGAAAGUCAUUUGGCAGCCCCUGCUGGGAUGAGGCUUGGAGAACCUGUGCCUUCUCCCGGCCCUUGCGUCCCAUUGCCCUGUGUUGACAUUUGUGUAGGCAAGGUGCAAUGCUGUCGCCUGGCUGGGAAGUCCAUUGAGAAACACUUCUCCCAGGAUGAAUGGCUCCAGUGAUCCAGGGUAGCACAGGGAGGACGUUGGUGGCACCUGCUGAACUACGCAUGGGAUUAGACUUCUCUGAGGAAUGCGUCAGGCCUGCUCUGAAAACUGUACCUGCUGCUUGUCUGCUGGGCUUGGUGGAUGCUGCUUAAACCAGAACCGAGUGAUCGGAUGCAGUCUUGAAGUGGGGGAGGCAGCCUGAACUCUUCUCUUAGGAAGUACAGCUUGAAAUUAAUUGCUACUUCAAACUUGAACAUGAACUUCUGAAAUACUGAACAAAGCCUUAACUUAUUAACUUUUUCUAUUUACCUAAUGUCUUCAGUUGUUUACUUGGUUUUGGAAUGGUAGGUGGUACUUUCUGUGGUUUUAAAGGCAUUACCUUUAAAUGCUUACAUUUUUACUAGUACUGUGAGGUUUUUUCCCCGUGGUAAUAAUACUAAUAGUUAUUUUAUGGUAGCUUGUACAUAUUUGGAAAUACUGUCAUAGUAUUCAGAGUUGAUUUCUAAUUAAUACAAACUGCCUUAAUAGAAAAAUGGAGAUUUGGACACUAAUGUAUUGCGAAAUGUUAGAAGUCUUCUUAUUUUGCUGCUAGCA